AUGGGUAAGGGUGGUUGGAUUAUGGAGAGCGGCACGAUAAUAAUGGGCCGUUUUCCAAUUCCAUCUGAAAAGCAGCGGCAGCAGAUCAUGCAGCAUCGCAAAAAUUAUGAAAUUAGUAUGUCUGCUAAUCCUCACUUGCAGAGACAGAGGCGUGGAGCAAGUGCACCUCCAAAAGUUUCUGAAGUUUCGUUGGCAAAUCUUACAGACCAACCAAAAGUUAUUCAGGCUGAAGUUCUACGUUCAUCUCCCGGUGUCAUGAUAGUAGAAUACGUAGGGCAGCAUACGAAUACUAGAUUCACAGGUGUCUUGUUUGCGGAAAAUGGGAUAUUCAAUGGUUGCAGUCCAAAUGGAGUGCCGGGUAUUAUUAGUCAGGAUAUGUCAAGAUUUCGACAGACAGUCAGAGCUUAUGUGGAUGCACCUAUUAUUGAUCAGUGGACAUCCGUGAUUGGUGAACGUCUUAUAACUUCUGGCUUGCAUAUGCGCACUCGAAAUUAUAUGCGCAAGAAUGGUCGUAUGGUUUGUGCUAGUUGUAUGGAAGCAGUUCCGGACAAUGAAAUAAUAACACGCAAGCAUUUUGUUAAUGUCAAUCAACGAAAAUUGCAUUCGAUUCCCAAAGACAAUAAACGUGUAGUAGCGCAGCUGCCACCUUCGGAAAAACAGCUAGUUGAUGGAUUACAGUUGCAGAUAGUUGAUGAGCUUACAAGUGAAUUUUUGGACGCACAUUUAAAUGGCUCAGCCGGAGGUUAUUCUCCGGAUACUUCCAUGACUUCAGCAUUGUUUCGACAGAGGAAUAAAAGAAAAGCAUAUAUUCCACGUGGUGCUUGUAGCGUUCUGGUUCCUGCGGGAGUGGAUUUAUUUGAACCGGAAUACGACCCUCUUCCAGGGCCUUCAAGUGGUCCAAACAAUGAUUGCAGCGUUGAACCUUCACAUAAGCUUUCUAAGAACGCAAUAUUUAAGAAGCGUGUGCUGUCAGCUUCGGCUUCAAAACAUCGUCGUUCUGCUGUCGACCAAGUAAGAAGUAAUGUAUCAGGCCGCACAUUUGUUUCUGUUUCCACUUCAAGCAAAGUAGAUGGAGAAGAUGGGAAAAAGGACGUACAGAAUGUUGAUAGCUCAGCUCGUCGUUUUUUCAAAAGCGAUAAAAUCAGAAAAGCUUUCUCUUCUGAGUAUUCCAUCAGGAAACCAGUUAGUGAUUCGUUGCACAUGACAUUCAUUCGACAAUCCAAUGAUCCGAAUUUGUGUCUUUCUGUCGGAGAUCGUUCUCGUCUGGCAAAAGUGGAUUCUUGCCGAGGACAAAUUUCUGUUAUGCCAUCUAUUGUUGAUAAUGUUCCGUCUGCUAUCAACUCUCUUUCUGUUGUGCAUUCAUCUGAAGCUAAAAGAAUUGAACAUGAUAAACUUGAGAAAUCUCGCUGCAGUUCAAAUAAAGUUGGAAGUAAAGAAAGUGUGAAUAAUGAGGGACAUAUUGAUAGGCCUCCUAUUAAAAUAGUAUUGAAAUCAAUCAAGAAAUCCAUGGUUGAACCUCUGCAAACUAACUGUGAAGUACAGCAGCGUGGUUCAAACGGUACAAAUUUUGUUGGAAGGACGUCAGUACGACCUAUAGCAGAUUCACGCUGUAAAUCAGUUAGCAAAAAAAUCAUGGCUGACUAUACUCCAGCUCCUAAGAGACGUUCAGAGACUGGUUGUCCACCGAUGAUGAAAGCUUCUUCAGCGCGUAUAUCCACUCGAUUUGUUCAUGAUGAGGUUGAGUCCAGAAAGAGCAAAAAGAAGACUAGUAUGGGAGGAAAAAUGCGGUCGUCAGCGAGAAGGCCGGGGAACGAUGAUAAAUUGUCCAGUACUAGUUGCACUGGGAAAUCUUCGGGACUGUUGACGCUAAAUAAUUUUCGAAUUGGUGAUGUUGUGUGGGCAAGAAAUGGGAUGUUUCCAUAUUGGCCUGGCCGGAUUUACGAAUUCGUUAAAGAGAAUAAAAAAAGUGGAGCAUCCAUCCUUUGGUUCGGCGAUAAUACUUAUACUCCAUUCACUGACUUCUCGCGAAUCGAAAAAUUCACUGAGACAUAUGACACGAGGUUUGUGAUUAAUUUACUCUGUCUUAUGAAUGUCUGCACAGUUGUAAUGAAAGUAAUGCUAUGGAUGUUCAGAUUUAAUCCGUUGCGUCAGGACCACAAGUACCAUAAAGCUGUUGCAAGUGCUAUAAUGUCAUGUUUCCCUGUCAGAGGCUAUUUUGAAAGCAAGUUGUCUCCGCAGGUUUACGGAUUGCUUCAGAAAGGGAAUGUUACACUUGGGGAAAUAAACAUCAUUACAAAAGCCAAGAAAAGGACUCUAAGUACUUCAUCAAACAGACGAAGAAAAAUCGCCGUUAAAAAAGUGAAGGACGAAAAGAUGGAGGAGGAAACUGCAAAAGAUGUUCCAACGGCUGUGGCUAAUGUUGAAGAUCCGAUCGAGGUUAUUGAAUCCUCCUCAAUUAUUUCUAUCAUUACACUUUCAACUAAUCCUGAAUCUGUCACUCAGCGAGGUGCCAUGAGUCCAUCACCAAACCCUUCUAACUUGAAUUCGGCCAUGGAUCCGAAAGGAAAUGGUGGUGAUACGCCUCCACUAAUGAUUGUGUACGAUUCAGACUAG